AUGAUCUUCGAUUGGGUGAUCAAUUGUAGAACUGAAGAAGUGGAAGAAUACUUAUCAGCACGACUUGUUCGAAUCAACGGUGUCUAUCGUCAGUUUGACAACUACACGAUACGAACGUCAACCAGAAACAACACUGUCAAUCUCUCGACGCGAUUGGUCGUCGACAACAUGAUAUAUUUGACGGCUAGCUGGGACAGCGACACAUUUGUCCAAGGAAUCGCUUUCUCAUUUCGUCGAGCCGAUAUCGAAAUGGCAACAAUCUCAGAAUAUGACUCCAUCUUUUUCACCAUGGAUGUCUACCAGGAGAGUAUCUAUUAUCGGAUUGAAGCCGCAGAUGUGCCGAUUUGGGUCGUUUUUGUACUCUGGGACGAUGGUCCGCUACUACUCGAGAAGUUUCGCUGGGAUCGAUACACUGGCAAUGGUUGUGAAUAUAAAUUGUUCAUCGGUCCACCAGCCGCUAUUAAAGCUCAUCCGGAGAGAAAUUUCACCAUCUACAGAGAUGUGAACGCAUUCAUUCCUCAAGAUUUCACAAACACAAGAGAUUUCAGCAUUCUCGUACCACCCGGAUGUGCUCCUAGUUUCGCGUUGACGUCAGUUGAAAUGUUACUGACGCUCCACAAAUUUUUCAGCAAGGAAAAAUUCAUGGCGUUCAGG